AGACUGCAGUCCCACAACCCACUUGCUUCUGUAUUUUGAAAUUCUUCCUAGUAAAGAUUGGUUACGUUAAUUUAGCUAGCAUUAGCCACAUCCACUUUCAAUUUCGUUUUCCACACAUUGUCGAUCAUUCUCUUGCUUAGAUAGCAAGACCUUCCCUCUUGACCAGCAAUUAAGUCUAUUUUAAGAUAGUUAGCUAGAAAUCUUAACAUGCUAGCUAUGAUUAUUCUGAUUGUUAGUCUAGGUUAGCUUUAGUUCUUAAGACAAGAUGCGAAAUAAACUUAGCUAAGUUAGCUAGCUAUCGUUUAAGCAGUAUCAUCUCAAUGGUUAGCUAGCUAGCUAACAACUGGCAACGCAAAUUGUGGUAAUGGAUAUUAUUUCACUCAGCUCUGGUAGCGAUGAGGACUCUGAUGUAGAAUUUGUUGGAAGUUAUAAUGACGACAAAGAAGAUGCAACCCCAUUUAUUAGAGCUGAACUGCUCGCCGUUACACCUGUUCUUAUUGAUAUCACAGCACACCGGCUUGCCACUGUGAAGCACAGGCACCCGCGAAGACCAAGAAAAAGACUAAGCUCCACUGAAGAUGUCAUAGAUCUAAAUAAUGACAGUUUUUCCACAAACUUUUCUAAUUCUGAUUCACAGCUUCAAAUAAUGACACCGGAUGAUCUACCAAGAGAGGUAGAAAAUCGGUGUGUGGAAUCAUCUGUUAGUACUGUAACAAAGUCCUGUGGAAAAAUUCUGCAUUUGUCAUAUACCAAAAACCUUGAAAAGGAUGUGAUUUGCUUGGACUCUCACGAUGAGGAUGGUGGUCAAUCUCCUCUCUCAGUGUCAUCUGUACAAGAAACGUCUUCUAUAGAUAAGCAUGAUGCAGUUCCCUUACAUUUAGAGGAAACAAGUAUUCAAAAGUCAGUAAACAUUUGUCUUGAAAAACCAUGUCUUUUAAACCCAUGUACUUCUGACCAGUUGGACACUGAAACUGAGGUGCCAGAACAAUCAAACACUUUUGAUAUUUCACAUAACCGUCCAUUAUCAUCUAAAUCCACACCCACAGAGAAGCUAGAGCACAAAACGGGUAUGGAGCAAGUAGAGAACACUAAUUACUCAUACCAGAAAUCCUCAUCAGCAGAUGAUAGCAGUGCAGAACUAGACAGAGAACACAAUAAAAAUGUGGAAUCUCCGCAAAACCAGCUUGACAAAGACAAUUCUCAUUUUAGCCUGGACAGUCCAUACUAUUGUCCAAGCGAAAUAGAUGCUGUUAUUUUUUCAGAUGAAUCCAUUAUGGAAGAUAAUAAGUGCCAGCUGUACACAGCAUCUGGCUUCUCGGACUACCUCUCUGGUAUCCAUUGGGCAGAAUCACGACCCAAUGCAGUUGAGGAAACAGCGGGUCUGCAUGAAAAAGAGCACACACACAAGUUACCUUCCCCUCAAGCUCACUCACCCCUCUCCCUGGAGACAUUACAAAGCUUAAGUGGACUUUCUCCCAUUUGCAGUCUGUCCUGUGGACAGGACCAGCCUGCCAGCCCUACAUCCACAGAAAUCCUUGCUGGUGACUCUCCAGACACAGUAACCAACUUGCCUGAUCUGGUCAUGGAGAGUCCACCCAGCAGUCCUCUACAAGCUUGCAGCUGUAGCCUCCCCUCCAAUCCUCCAGCACAUUUGCCCUUCCCUUCACAAACAGCAUUGUCAGGUAGUAAAAACUCUGGUCUAGUUUCGGCACAACGCCCUCCUCAUAGCCAGUGGAUAAGAUGUGACGUGGAGGAUACAAAAGCUAUUGUUGCUUCUGAUCUUUUUGAGCCCUCCACACAAACCAGACAGCAUGUUUCUCUGGUGCAGUUUAAAAAGCUGAAACACCUGAUUGGGAAAGGAUUUCAAGAUGUGCCUCAGGGUAAUGAGGAAGGUGAAGACUACGGCCCAGCUGAGCCACUGUGCAGACAGAGCAUGAGUCUGGUUUGCAGCACGAUUGAAGAGAACUACGCAGAGGGCACAGUGCAGCUGCUGUCUGAUCUAAUACAGCCUCGUUUCUACCCACCACCUUACAUCACAGCUAACCUUCUACGAGGAAUCCUCUUGGACCCGCAGUGUGCUGAUUUUCUGGCCCUCGAGGCCUACAACCUGCUGAUGAGGGCACAGAAAUAUCAUCCUGCAGACAUACGAACUGUCCCAUGGGACUGGGAGUUGUUAUCGUCAGUAAUGGCUGAACAGAAUGCCAGGAAGCUGCCCUGGGAGGUUCGCUGCCUCUUCAUGCACUACGUGCUGCAGGUAUUGGAGGAUGACUUUCAGUUCAAGCUGCCCUUGCGUCUGCUAAACCACUCUAUUGUUAAAGCAGUGCUCUCCUGUGAUGAGAAGUUCAGACACGUCAGGGAUGUCAUCAACUGGUUAUUAGAUGGAGCCAAGCAGUCGUUCUGUAAUUCAGAGGAUGAAGAUAUGCCAAACAAGGAACAGAACUACUGUUUUAAGAUGUUGCUGUUUCUCCAGAGGAUGUUGUUAUUAGCCAUGGAGGUAGACCGCACACCUACCUGCAGCUCAAAUAAGAUAUCUCAGGAGCUGUUUAACAGCCUCAUGACCACAACCCCAUGUAGGCAGCUCAGACUGUUGUUGUUAAACACUCUAGAGAGCAGUCUUCUGAAGUGUAAGAUGCUAGAGCUGUUAUUGGAUGAGGCCUGCUGUAAAAAGAGACCACUGCCCAUGUCCUUCAAACUACUGCUACACUUCUUGAAGACCUCCACGCUGGCACUAGACCCGUCGGAUGGUAUAGAGAGAUGGAGAAGGUGGGAUGAACUUCUGAAGCUUGUGUGGAUGCUGAUGCUUAGCUAUGAAGAAGUGAUGACAGGUCACCUCCGUUACUCAAUUACAGACCGGGAGUCCUCGACUCGACGUCCUAUGUGGACCCAGAACGACACGGUUACCCAAGCAACAGUGCAGGAGGCAGCUGAGGUCUUCUUAUCUCGCGCAGUAGAGGACCUUGGUCAUGUUGUUCCCCCACAAAUACAAGAGUCAUUAUCCCAGCUACAGGAACACUUACUAAGUAUCAGUUUACAUUAAUGGUCCAAAAAUGAUACUUUUUGAAAAUUAUAUUAAAAUGUGUGUGU